GAAACUUUCAUUUCCAUAAGUAUAUGCAAGAAAAGUUUUCCUUAAUCAAAGAGCAACUUUUUUAAUAAACGCAGCUAAGCAAUCAAGAAACGCAGCUACCUCAAAUUAAUCAAGAAAGGCAGCUACGACUAUAAGGCUAACUAGAUUUUUCCCACCACCCAAACAGAGAGGAAAAGUAGUCAUAUUUAUAUGUUUUAUAUAUAAUUUUCAUAAUCUUUGUGAAAUCAAGAGAACUCCACCCUGUAUUAGUCGUGUGCGCCAAAACAGGUCUCAUCAUGAUCCACGCCAUAGUUGUCGUCAUACUAAUAGUUUCUUGCUACUUGUACUUGACCAAGAGAGCAGCACCACGUGAUGACCGCCGCAGGCCACCGAUGGCAGAUGGUGGGUGGCCGUUGAUCGGUCACCUUCACCUCCUAGGUGGUUCAUCAGGGAAGCAACCGUACGUGACCCUGGGAAACUUAGCAGACAAGUAUGGACCAAUAUUCAGCAUCCGAAUUGGUGUUCACAAUGCCGUGGUUGUGAGUUCUUGGGAGCUAGCCAGGGAGUGUUUCACGACCCUCGAUGUCGUUGUCUCUUCUCGUCCCAAGUUCACUGCCGCAAAGAUUCUGGCACACGACUAUGUCAACUUUGGGUUCGCUCCUUAUGGUGAUUUAUGGCGCGAGAUGCGUAAGAUAACCACUUCAGAGUUACUCUCCACUCGUCGGUUCGAGAUGCUUCGACGUGUUAGAGAUUCAGAGGUGGAGGCUUCGGUGAAAGAGUUGUACAGAAAAUGUGCAGAGAAAAGAGAUGGUGAUUUGAUGGUGGAGAUGAAGAAGUGGCUGGGGGGUUUGAACCUCAACGUUGUUCUGAGAAUGGUUGCCGGGAAGAGAUAUAGAGCAAGAAGCGAAGAUGAGGAACGAGAAGUCCGGAGGAUCAGGAGGGCGUUCAGGGAGUUCUUUCGCCUGAUGGGGGUGGUUGUGAUUGGGGACGCCAUUCCCGGUCUUGGGUGGCUUGAUCUUGGUGGCCAAGUGAAAGAGAUGAAGAAGACCGCUAAAGAGAUGGACGAGAUCGUGUCCGAAUGGUUGGAAGAGCAUCGGAGAAGAAGAAGAAGAGACUCUGAUGAUCAUGAGAGUGAGAACUCAAUAGAGCAAGACUUCAUUGACGUCCUGCUUUCUGUUCUUGAUAGCGCUCAUCUUAACGGUUAUCAUCUUGACACUGUCAUCAAAGCCACUUGUUUGAUGAUAAUUUCAGCGGCAACUGAUACAACAACAGUUACCAUGACAUGGACACUUUCGUUACUGCUAAAUCAUCGCCACAUUCUAAAGAAAGUUCAAGACGAGCUAGACGAGAAGGUAGGAAAAGAAAGUGUGGUGAAGGAAUCAGAUGUUAACAAACUAACAUACCUUGAAACUGUGGUCAAAGAAUCGAUGCGAUUGUACCCCGCUGGACCACUAUCAGGACCUCGUGAAUUCACAGAGGAUUGUAGCUUAGGGGGUUAUCAUAUCAAAGCAGGUACUCGAAUGUUCUUGAACCUUUGGAAGCUUCACAGAGACCCUCGCGUAUGGUCAGAUCCAAUGGAAUUUAAGCCAGAGAGGUUUCUAAGCGCACACAAAGAUGUGGAUGUGAAGGGUCAGCAUUUCGAGCUUCUUCCGUUUGGCGGCGGAAGAAGGGUGUGCCCCGGUGCGUCAUUUGGGCUUCAAAUGACGAAAUUGGCAUUAGCUGCAUUCUUGCAUGCAUUUGAGGUCACAACUCCCUCAGAUGCUCCUGUUGAUAUGAGUGCGACGUUUGGCCUCACAAUCAUCAAAACCACACCGCUUGAGGUUUUAGUCAAACGUCGCUUAUCACCUUCUCUGAUCUUCAUAUAAUGGGCAAUGAGAAAUCCAACUGGCCACCUGAAUGCAAAUUGAUUUUGUUUUUCUAAUUUGUUGAAAUGGUGUACAGCUAAUAAAUCAAAUAUCAAUUUCUACUAGUGUGUCUUCAGAUUAACAA